AUGGCCACCACACCUUCACGUGCCUUUCUAAACACAGUCCAAGAAAUCACUCAUAUCUACUCUUCACUGCCACCUAGACCUUCCAUAGAAGAAGUUGAAGCUGCCACUUCUACUCUUGACACCCUUACCAACGUUGAACAAACCAAACUCCAUGACAUCUCAAACCAAAAACUACCGCAAGAUGUUCCUCAAGAGCUUUUCUCUGUUCUUCAACAGCUCAAGAACACCAUGGUCCUCUUUCAAAGUCAUCAACUCAGAAAAGAAGCUCUUCACCUUCUUCAACUUGAAAAGAUGUUUCAAACCUUUGGUGAUCUCAUUCAAAGAGCUUCUCAAUUUGUUUCUCCCGAUGAUGAUGAUGAUACACAGAAAAAGAAAGUUUCCACUUUAAGAGAAGCUGUGGUUACCUAUGAAAAAGAUGAACAUGAAGAACUUCUAAAGAGUGAUGAAGAUUUUGAAGCUCAAAAGGGUUCCUCUCUACACAAGCAGCCUUUGAUAACAGGAGAUGAAAGCAUUGAGAAAUUGAGUCUAAUGAAAGUGGCUACUAUGAUUGAAAAUUGUGCUAAUAACAAAGACACAAUCCUAGAGCUUAGAGGAAAAUUAGUGGAUCAAAUGGAGUGGUUACCACUAUCAAUUGGGAAACUAUCUGAUGUAACUCAAAUAGACCUAUCUGAAAACAGCAUCAUGGCUCUUCCAACAACAAUCAUAGGCCUAAAAGCUUUAACAAAGCUUGACCUUCAUUCAAACCAGCUCAUAAACCUUCCAAACUCGUUCGGCGAAUUGAUAAACCUAAUUGAACUUGACCUACAUGCCAAUAGACUGAAAUCACUUCCUGAUAGUUUCAGAAACUUGACGAAUCUCGUUGAUCUUGACUUAAGUUCUAACGGUUUCAAACAGUUACCUGAGUCAAUUGGGAGUUUAAUCAGCUUAAAGAGACUAAACGCUGAGACGAAUGUGAUUGAGGAACUACCUUUCACAAUUGGAAAUUGUUCUUCACUAAGUGUGUUGAAGCUAGAUUUCAAUGAACUCAAAGCACUUCCUGAGACAAUAGGGAAACUUGAGAGUUUGGAGAUUCUCACUUUGCAUUAUAAUAGAAUCAAGAAGUUGCCUACAACAAUAGGGAAUCUAAGUAAUUUGAAGGAACUUGAUGUUAGUUUCAACGAACUAGAAUUCGUACCGGAGAAUCUUUGUUUCGCGGUUGGUUUGAAGAAACUUAACUUGGGAAAGAAUUUUGCUGAUCUAAGAGCAUUGCCAAGAUCAAUCGGAAACCUUGAAAUGCUUGAGGAGUUGGAUAUAAGUGAUGAUCAGAUAAAAGCUUUGCCUGAGUCUUUUAGGUUCUUGUCUAAGUUGAGAGUUUUUCGGGCUGAUAUAACUCCUCUUGAGUUACCACCUAAAGAAGUUAUCAAGUUGGGUGCUCAGGAAAUUGUGAAGUAUAUGGCUGAUUAUGUGACCAAUAGGGAUGCAAAAUUCUUGUCAGUGAAGAAGAAAAAGAAGGGAAUUUGGUUUUGGUUUUGUUCCAUAUGUUGGCCUAAGCAAGAAUGA